CCCUAUCCCACAACGGAGCUCAUUCAUUUCGUACAACUGUUUCGGUAAACAUCUCGUUUGUAAAAGUUCCAAAAAUGAAACAAUAGAAAAAUUUCCCAAAAUUUAAAGCCAAGGAAAAAACUUUAAGAUAUUUCUUCGGCACAAAAAAAAAGAACACACCGAAGAGUUUGCCCACCGCUUGCAGUUGAAGGAAGCUCCUACCUCCAUCAUGACUAUGAUCGUUUGCAAGUUCGAUCCCUUCUAUGUGGGACCCUGCCCACCCGGCUGUUGCGCGGGACCCUGUGGACCUUGUGGACCUUGUGGACCCUGUGGACCCUGUGGACCCUGUGGACCUUGUGGUCCCUGUUGCGGCCCAUGCGGUGGCUGCUGCAGCUCUUGUCCCUGCGGCUGGUGAUGAGCUUGCUGGGAUCAUUAGGAACCUGAAGAUUACUGCCGAAGAAAUAUGUUGCUGUUUGAAAAUUUAAACCUUGGCGAGGUUACAUCAAUCAAUCCAUGUAAUACCCAAAUGCAAUAAAACGCAUCUUCAUUCAAAAAA